GGUUGGAACAGUUUGGUCAUUUCCGUUUUCUCUUUCGAAUAUCUUGCGAUAUUUAUUCCCACGUUGCAUAAGCUGUACUGGCGUUGCAUGCUGAGAUUUCUCAGGCUAGCGAGCAAUCCAUCUCUCUUUAACGUCAGAAGUGUUUCGACAGCAUCACGUCUUUGCCACGGGACGAUUUUACCAAGGAAAACUACCACACAGAAUUUCCCUGCGUUGACUAGAAUGUCUUCUACUGAGAAUGGUGCAACAAUUGGCCCUGAUGGUCAACCAUUAUCCAAAAGUGCAUUGAAGAAACUGGAAAAGGAAAAAGAGAAGGCAAGAAAAAAAGCAGAAAGGCAGGCCCAACAGGCUGAACAGGCUGAAGCAAAUGAAGCCGAGGACGUCUCUAAAGAUUGCUAUGGGAAUUUACCUUUGAAUCAAUCUCAUGAAAGGACAGAACGAGUUUGGACAAAGGUGAAAGAUCUCCUCCCAGAGAAAGCUGGUGAAAGAGUAUUAGUCCGUGGUCGUCUGCAUACAUCUAGGGGGACUGGAAAGCAAUGUUUUGUUAUUCUACGGGAGAGGCAAUUUACUGUUCAAGCCAUCUGUGCAGUCAGCGAGACUAUUAGUAGACAGAUGGUAAAAUUUACGGCAAAUGUCAGUAAAGAAUCGAUCGUCGAUGUAGAAGGGGUAGUUCAAAAACCCGACCAGAAAAUUCAGUCUUGUUCCCAAUCUGAUGUGGAAAUUGUUGUUGCUAAGGUGUUUUGUAUUAGUCAAGCAUUUCCAAGAUUGCCCCUUCAAAUCGAAGAUGCAUCUCGACCUGAGUCUGAAGAGGAAUCUGGACUGGCCACUGUUGGUCAAGACGUAAAGUUGGAUUAUCGAUAUAUUGAUUUGCGGACUACAACUAAUCAAGCUCUCUUCCGAAUUGAAGCUGGUGUUUGUCGAUUUUUCCGCGAUUACCUGACAUCUCAAGGCUUUGUCGAAAUUCACACGCCAAAAAUUAUCUCAGCCGCUAGCGAAGGAGGAGCCAACGUUUUCAAAGUUAGUUACUUCAAAGGAAGUGCCUAUCUGGCCCAGUCUCCGCAGCUGUACAAACAAAUUGCAAUUAGUGGUGACUUUGGCAAGGUUUUCACCAUCGGAGGAGUUUUUAGAGCUGAAGAUAGCAAUACCCACCGACAUUUAACAGAGUUUGUUGGUAUGGAUAUUGAGAUGGCCUUUUACGAGCAUUAUCACGAGGCUGUCAAAGUGAUUGGGGAGACAUUCAUUGCCAUUUUCAAAGGACUUCGUGACAAUUUCCAACAGGAGAUUGCAACAGUCCAAAAGCAAUAUCCAUCGGAACCGUUCAAGUUUCUCGAGCCUCCUUUAAUACUUGAGUUCAAAGAAGGUGUGAAAAUGCUCAGAGAAGCCGGUAUUGAAAUGGGGGAUGAGGAGGAUUUGAGUACUCCUAACGAAAAACUCCUUGGACGACUCGUGCGAGAAAAGUACGACACUGACUUCUAUAUUCUGGACAAGUAUCCUUUGGCCGUCCGCCCAUUUUACACCAUGCCUGAUCCGCAUAACAAGAUGUACAGUAAUUCUUACGAUAUGUUUAUGCGUGGUGAAGAGAUAUUGUCUGGUGCCCAGCGAGUGCAUGACCCUGAACUUCUCACGGAGCGAGCAAAACUUCAUGGUAUAGAACUGGAUAAAAUCAAGUCUUACAUUGAUUCCUUCCGUUAUGGAUGUCCUCCUCAUGCUGGUGGUGGCAUAGGUUUGGAACGGGUCGUCAUGCUUUACCUCAAUCUGGGUAAUGUACGCAAAUCUUCCAUGUUCCCACGUGACCCGAAGCGAAUCACUCCUUGAACGUUGUUGAAGUUGAGACAAAUAUUAAAAGCUUUUAUCGACGAUAAUUAUUUAUCUCUUGUCCCCUAAUAUUUUUGUCACGAAAAAUCCUUGCCAUAACUCAUUGGCAUGCAAACAUAUGAUCACGUAACCUAUUUUAAUUAAAUUUCACAAUGCACUUAGCUGUAAUAAUUCUUAUAUGCUGUAAAAGUUUCGAGCAAUGUUUAAAUUCAAGGCUGUUCAUAUGAUCACAUCUUAAGAGGAUUAAUUUCUCGCAGUUCUACUUUUUUUCUGUUGGAAGAAGUUACCAGCAAUGAUUUUGCAACAUUGUGUAAAUUUACAAGAUGUGUGAAACCGAAUUCUGAGGAAAAAGUCUAACAUUGGCCUCUAAACUGCAGAUAAAAAUUAUCGACCUUGGCCCAGUUGUAUAAAAGGCUAGUUAACUUCUAAUUGUAGUUAAGGACAGAA